GAUCUUAAUGAUAUAGACGCAGCACUUGACUGUGAUAUCAGUACCCUGGACGCAUAUCUCCACAGCAUACCCUGCAGCAACACAAAUACUACCGAGUUUACAGUUCCAGAACCGUCAUUCAAGAGUGUAGCUUACUGUUCUUCCCACGAGCGAUUCUCAUCAUCCGACGCUGAUCCAGUCGAGGAGUUUUUUCCGGAUCUUUCCAAAACAUUCGCAGUUCCCUGCACCAAUUCGUCUUCCCGGCGUCGUAGCCAUUCCAGUGGUAUUGAUCAGUCAUCCGUGCCAUGCUAUUCACCGCCUUCAUCAAACUCGACAGCUCUCGCGUCCAGAGAAUAUAGAUUGAGACGCGAUAAAAACAACCUCGCCUCACAACGUUCUCGUCAAAAGCGGGCGGAGAAAGUUCGAGAGAUGCGAAUUGAGAGGGACUUGCUGGAACGGCGCAAUAUUGAAUUAAAGACACUGCUCAGCUCUUUGGAGCUCCAAGGUGGCAGACUAUAA